AUUUUAGUGCGAUAAGGGAAAAACAUUUGCCAGAAAUUACUUCAAGGUUUCAGAAAUUCUGUCAAACUGGUCAAUAGUAAAAAUAUAACAAAGGCAAUGAAUACUUUCACUAUAUCCAUAUUAACAUAUUCGUUUGGUAUAAUACUGAUCAGGUCCAAAACUGACCUAAAAAAUUUACAAAGAAAUAUAAGAACUGAAAUGACAAAUUUUAGAAAACACUAAGUACACUUAGAUUAACGCUACCUAUGACAGAAGGAGGAAGAGGAAUAACAGACACUAACAAAUUACACAACAAACAGAUAAAAUUUCUAAGGAAAUUUUUUCAUCAAUGAAAACAGGAUCCAGCACCCCACGCAAGCAUAUGCAAAUCUGAUAGGAAGUACACACCACUAAACUUAAAUGAGCACAACACAGAAAAUGAAGGAAUUAUCACUACAGAAGAAAAAGUUAACCAAUGGAAGACCGUGACCCUCCAUGGAAGACAUCCCCACAAUCUGAACAGACUAGAUGUUGAGAAGGAAGCCUUGAUCAGCUGUCUCAGAAUUGGAAACCUCUUCCCAGAAACGGGGGGGGGGGGGUGUGGGGGGGAGAUUACAUUCCUUGCGGCAAUACAUGGCCAAGUGGUUAAAAUAUACAUCUAUCAGAAAUACAUAAAAGGCCAACAAAUUCAAGAUGAUAAAUGCAGAAAAUGCUAAGAGAAACUAGAAUCAAUCCAACACAUUAUAGGAACCUGCAGCAAUUUAACUCAAUCUGAUUACUUACAUAGGCACAAUCAAGUGGCAAACAUCGUUCACCAAAAUCUUGCUUUAAAAUAUAAACUCAUAAAGGACACCAUAUCUUACUAUAAAUCUAAGCCUGAUCCAGUUUUAGAGUCAGAGUCACACAAAUUAUAUUAUGACCAAUCCAUUACUACAGAUAGGGCAAUCCAUAAGAACCAUCCAAAUAUCAUAUUACAGAAUAAACAGGCUACAACAACUUACUAAAUAGAUAUAGCCAUUCCAAACACACAUAACAUACAGAAAUUAACAAGUGAAAAUCACCAGAAAUGUGCUAAAUUAAAAGAGGAAAUUGAGAGACUAUGGAACAUGAACAGGGUAUGCAUUGUCUGGAUAGUAGUAUCUAAAACUGCUAGCAUCUCAAAGUCACUACGCAAUAGCAUUAAACAAUUAGGCUUACAGGUAUAAAAUUUAUGUAAAUCUCCAGAAAGCCACAAUGAAUACUCCAAUAGUUCCUAGCAAAUUGAGAAAUGAACGUGGUUGGCUAUGCCUGUACGUCAGGUUGUCAGCUUGAAUUGAGAGAAAAAAAUAAAAAUACAAUAAUAAUAAUAAUAAUAAAUAAGUAAUGGUGAGAACAUGAGUUGCAGAGUCAUUGGAAGUGAGUCCAUAGUUUGAGUUCGGCGUCGUGGUGAGUGAAGUUGUCCACUCUGGUUCAGGUGCCCGAUGGUCGACCCGUUCCCGAACCUGGUGAAGUGGGACUUAAAGCUUCUAAAAUAAUCUCCUGCCCGAUGGUAGUAGAGAGAAGAGGGCAUGGCCUGGAACGCGUGGUCUUUGGUGAUUGAUGCUGCUUUCUUGUGACGACGCUCCCUCUAACUAUACUCAAUGGUGGGGAGGCAUUACCUUCUGUGUGGACUUUCUGUAGCCUUUUUCGCUUUAUCUCUUUUCCGGUUUUUAAUCUCUAAUUUUAUCCCCGGGUUUUGCUGAAAGGUUAACGUUGUUUCUCCCUCCGAAGCAAUUGAAACAUGUUGCCUUAAAUAGGCUCCGGAAACAGCGAAGUUGUGAAAGCUGUUGGAAUCAGCUACCGCCAGCGAGGUGCGGGACUGGAGGGAGCUGCGCUCACCCUGUGAACUCCAGCCUCGUCAGCUCCGACUCUACAGGGAAGAGCACAGAGCUAGCUCCGAGUUGCCUGCGGAUUUAUCCAGCGCGGAUCGGGGAAAAGGCGGUCAUCCUUUAUACACGCAGUCCAAGCCGGAUUGUAGAGGGAAUUGUGAACUCCCGUUCCCUCGGGAUGCCCUGGAAAGUUCAGCUUGUUGUGUGGGUCGCCCUGCUUCCCCUGGUUGCUGCUCUUCAUUCAGGGAACCAUUCACAAGAUAAACUUGGACUCAGAACCUUUUCAGGUAGGAUUUUGGAUCCUGACCCUGGUGAAUAUAUCGAUCUUGAAGGGAAAAUUGAAGAUGAGGGUUCGGGCCAAUAUGAUGGAAGCGGACUCGGAGGAGGAUUUGGAUUGGAUGCAAAUAGAUCCGAUGUGCUCAGUAAAGGCUCCAAGAAACUCCAAUUGGUCAUCUCUGCCUCAGCAAGAGGAUAUCUAAGCAGCCAAUGGAUUACUGUAUUUAUCCCCUCUGUCUACACCAUUAUUUUUGCAGUCGGGCUGCUUUUCAACUGUACCGCAAUCAUAACUAUUCACUUAAGAAUGAAAUUUGACAAGCCAACUAUAAUUUACAUGUUAAAUUUGGCCCUGGCAGAUUUAUUAUUUGUGCUGUUGCUUCCAUUGAAGAUCUCCUACUAUAUUUCUGGUAAUGACUGGAGUUUUGGUUCUUUCCUCUGCCGAUUGGUCAAUGGCGGGUUUUAUGCUUACAUGUACUGUUCAGUGUUACUGAUGAUGUGUAUUAGCAUUGAGCGAUUUAUUGCUGUCGUUUUUCCAUUAAGAUCGUCCUCCUGGAGGAGCCCACAGCGCGCGUUGGGACUUUGCGUCAUCAUGUGGCUUUUAGCCAUUGGUGGUGCAAUGCCUCUUUUCUUCAUUGAGCAAACAGUGUACAUCACUAAUCUGAAAAUUACAACUUGCCAUGAUGUGCUUCCCCCCUCUACCCUAAAAAGUUACUUCACCUAUUACUUUCCCAUUCUGUGUGCUCUUUUCUUUGUCAUUCCCCUGGUGGUGACCACAGUCUGUUAUGUGGGUGUAAUUUCAACCCUCUCUUCAACAACUGUCGCAAGCGAAUGUAAGAAAACAUCAGCCAUCAAUUUGGCUGUGAUUGUGCUUUCAGUCUUCAUUGUCUGCUUUGCACCAUCUAAUAUCAUUUUGCUCAUACACUAUCUUUAUAUUCAGCAUGCAGCAAAUGAUGCCCUCUACUUUGCUUAUAUGCUGUGUGUGUGCAUGGGCAGCUUGAGUUGUUGCCUUGAUCCUCUGAUUUAUUAUUAUGCCUCAUCGCUGUUCCGGAAGCAGUUUAAGAAUCUUUUUCAUUCCCAGGAUGUUACUAAAUCUGGGAGUAGUCAAACAGGAUCCAAGAGCUGUAAAACAGCAAAUACCCCUCUCAAUGAUAGUGCCUACAAAAAAUUACUAAUUUAAAUUUAUUACAGCACUCCCAUCUUUUAUUUUAUUAGAGGUACAGUAAAAUAUAUAAACUAUCCUCUAAUUUUUUUUAGCUUCGUUGUAUUUUUAUGCUCGUUGCUUUUUUUUUGUUUUAUCUACAUCUAUCUUGUGAUAAAAUAUGAUGUAAUUAAAACUUACCAAUUUUGGUAAUAUUUCAUUUUGCACAUUAUAUUUGUUGAGUACAUUUAGAAUAUCGUUAUCAGCACAAUUUCACUACCACUCAGUGUAAAUAUUGCUUACACACUUUAUUGCACAUUUCAUACAGUUUAAUAUUAGUUACAUGCUUAUCUGGAUCGUGGGGUUUGAUUAAAACCAGCCUCUAUACUUCGUUGCUCUUGACCUAUACUAGGGGUAGGCGACCUACCCACGAAGAUCCGGCCCACGAAGGUAUUUUGACUGGCCCGCGAGCAAAUAUUGGGAUACUAUGCUUAUCCGGCCCGUGAGCGAUUUUUCCUUAUUCUGAGUGUUUCACGCGACCACACUGAUGGAUGUGCAUGGUGUCUUGUUACACUGGCCCCAGGUUCCGUUUUGUUCCAAACCAAACACUAGUAUAUAUGAAUGACGGGAAGGCAGAUUACCUUAUUAAUAUGUAUAAGAUACUCUGUGUACGCAUAGGUUUUCCAAUGGGAUUGUUCAAAUUUGUAAACAGAAACAGCGUCACUGUGUUUUAACAAGAAAUCCAUGCUAAAUAUCCAGAUAUUUACAUGUACUAUGAUACUUGUUGAAUAACUCACAUUUCGAAAUAAAAUCGAAGAAAAAAAUUCCAAUGGCAAUGAAUGCAAAAUGCAGGAAGGUAGACACUGAGUGCCAAAAUUUCCAAGACACUUGGACACUAGAUUACUUCUUCAUCGAGCAAGCUGGGAAACCAGUAUUUUUUUUUUGCGCUUAUGGUCCAAGAAUUGAGAAAAGAGUUUUCAUCUUGUUUUGCUGAUUUUCGCUUGCAUGCAAUUAAGUUCAAGCUAUUUGCUACUCCAUUUGAUGUGGAAGUGGAUACUGCAUCAGAAAUUUUUCAAAUGGAAUUGAUUGAGAUGCAGUGUGAUGACAUAUUGAGAUUGAAAUUUCAUUCUGAAGAUGUGUCAGUGCUUGACCUCUAUAGAAAGUAUAUUCAUCCAAGUGGGAAGUAUCCUUACUUAAUGGACCAUACAAAUAAGAUGGCAUCAUUGUUUGGCAGCACUUAACUAUGUGAGCAAUUAUUUUCAAAAAUGAAGCACACCAAGAACCAUUUGAGAACAAGAUUGACUGAUGCCCAUCUGGAUAAUGUCUUGCACUUGGCAUCAACAAGUCUGACACCCAAUAUUGAGAAGUUUCAAGCAACAAACAGCAUCAAGUUUCACAUUGAUUUAUCGACUCUCUGCAUUAAAAUUUUCUUUUUUAUUAUACUUAAUUUGCCACCAUUCAAUGCAUCAUGUUCAUAUGUUUUAUGUUUAAAAGGUUCUUUGUGGCCUUUUAAUAGAUUCAAAAGAUGGUAGAAAUAAA